GAAUAAAGACACACCAGUCACUCAAGAUAUGAACUCAAGAAAUGAGUGAGUGAGUGAGUGAGUGAGAACUGAGAAGAAACAAAAUCAACUAAGAAGAAAUCAUGGCUGUUUCUCUGACCAUUAUAGUCCUUAUCAUCUUUCUUCAUCUCCUUGCUUUUGUUUUCGCUAUUGGUGCCGAACGACGUCGUAGUGAGGCCACAGUGAAGCCUGAUAAGUAUGACGACCGAACUUUCUGUGUUUACACCACCGACGCUUCCACCGUCUACGGCCUUGCUGCUUUCACUCUCCUGCUUCUCAGUCAAACUGUCCUUAACGCCGUCACUAGAUGUCUCUGCUGUGGGAAAGGUCUUGUCACUGGUUGCUCCACCACUUGUGCCACCAUCUUCUUCAUUCUCUCAUGGCUUGGUUUUUUGGGAGCGGAGGCGUGCUUGUUAGCAGGGUCUGCUAGGAAUGCAUACCACACAAAGUACCGAGGGUAUUUUAAUAAGCAUAACUUAUCUUGCGCCACACUUCGCAAAGGUGUGUUUGCUGCUGGGGCUGCCUUGACCCUGUUCUCUAUGUUGGUUUCUGUUUUGUACUAUUGGGCACACUCCAAGGCUGAUACUGGCUUCUGGGAGAAGCACCAAAACGAAGGUAUUGGAUUGGCCACACACAAUCAAGUUCCUGAAUCUGAAAAGCCCUGAAGAUUUACUGCUUUCAACAUGCUGCUGGGCUAUUAAUUUACAAAAUUUUGGUGGUGCAUUUUACUUUUUUGUUGGAUAAGGUAUUUCGGGGGUUAAGGAAAGAACAAUGUGUUGAAAAAUCUUGUUGGUAGAGUAGUAUAUGUGAUAUUUAUGCCUUAAUAGGAGAAUGCUUGAAACAA